CUAAAGUCAACUUACAGAAUAGCCAUGUUAUUCCUUCCUGAUUUUUUUUUUUAAUAUAUUUUGGAGAUCCCAAAUGCUCCUGGAACUUUUUUCUUAGUUCAGUCCUGUGCUGCAGCUGUGUGUCUGCCAGGCAAUAGGCAAAGUAAGUCCUUUCACCUGAUGUACUUGGGGCAUCUUGGAGGCAGGUGAGUGCUGGGUCAGCUGUGCUUCUGUUCACCUGUGAGUAAUUAUGUCAUCAUCUAAGGCUCCAGCUCCUACUGAUUUUUUAGAGAUUAUGAAAAAUUAGAUACUGGAUUGUAAUUUCUGCCUGAGAGCUGUGUCAGAGAUGGUUUUCAAAUGUUAAGCAACCCUUCUCUCAAGUGAGAUCUGUUUUUUGGGUUUUUUUUUUUUCCAAGAGAGGGAAAUACAGGGGGUUGGUAGAAGGGGAACCAUAAGGGGGUAUAUUCAUUUUAAAUCCAGCACAGUAGAUUUGAAUUCAUGCUGUGUUCAUGCAGUGUUCAUUAGAAAAGGCCUUAAGUGAUACGUGAAAAUGAGGAUCAAGCACACCAUUAUAUCUGAUAGAUUUUUCCAAGGAGUCUGUGUAGCUUUCAGGGUUAGGUGUGAAAUAUGGGCAUGAAACUGAAUGAUCAAAAUCAAAUGAGACAAACCAUCUUUCCUAGCAUUAGCGUGGAACUGAGGCAGAGCUGAUGAUUGAUUUUGUUUCUCUUUCUGUAUUAGGGUCACUUUUUCGAGGUAGUUCAUUAAAAGCUGAUGCCUGAAAUUGUUUGCUUUUCCCAUUGAUCUGUGUGUACUCGGUUCAUUUACUGUUCAAAUCAUCGCCCUGCUGCUUACAGCUGAAAGGCGCCUGCUGCACCAGGACUGCUCAGGCAUCAGCUCUUUCUGAUCCCGUUCCAAAGCUGUCUAACAUGUUUCCAAGGAAGGGGGAGCAAAGGAUAGGGAAGGGCGUUCGAGGAGUGUUUUGGCUGAUGCAUCUCUAGCGACACCUUGUGGGAUGCUUCACAGAAUCGCCUUCAACUUUUCUGGGGAAGGAAGCAAGAUGGAAGCCCUGGGCCAGCUGAGCCUGAGAAAAGAAAAAAGGGGUCUCUAACACCUGAAUCCACUAAUCAGUCCAGAGGACCUCUUCUAUUCAAAGACUUCCCACAAAACCCUGCUGUGAAAGAAAGCAGCUCUACAAAUGGAUUCACUGUGAGGAGCUCAAAAUGAAGAAGAAAGAUGAAGAGGGUUGCAUGGAACUGUGUCCCCAUCAGUGUGUUGAGAUGGAAAGGUGUGAAAGUAAAGAGCUGGAUGUUGAAAUAAGAAACCUAAUAGGGAAGAGCAACACUUCUGAGUCGUGUGAGGACCCCAAAAUUCUUGCCCAAAAGAGGCUGUGCCCUCAGAGGACUGCAUGUUCCCUUAAGACCCACAGUGAAGGAAACGCUCCAGGCCAGCUUGGAUGCACCUGGGCAGGUGGGAGUGACAUGGAAGCUCCAGCAGAACCACUGGAAUCGAGGCACACAUUACUGAGCAAAAAGAAGCCUUUAUCAUCCAAAUCUCUGGAGCAACAGAUCCUCACACUGGAAAGACAGAGACGAGAGCUUCUGGAGGUGAACAAGCAGUGGGAUCAUCAAUUUAGAAGUAUGAAACAGCUUUACGAAAAGCAGCUGACAGAGAUGAAGGCAAAGCUGGAUGUGUCAGAGAGGAGAGUGAGCGAGCUGGAGCAAGAGAGACACCGGCAGCAUCCAGAGGAGGAGAGGUGGCGAGCGCUGGGCAGAGAGAGGCUGUUGCAGGAAAAGAAAGAUACAGAAGUCCUUAGUGAAGCUCUCCAUGAAAUGAAGGAAGAGAACAGACUCCUGAAGCAGAAGAACGCCUCAAUGACCAGAAAGAAAGAACAUUAUGAGAGCGAAAUAAGUCGUCUCAACAAGGCUCUUCUGGAGGUGUUGAAAAAGCAGCACCCGCCUGCUGUUGGGACUCCUCCAGGGAAGGGUGACAGGAACAGCAUUGAGGAGAUGAGAACCCAACUUGAAGUUCUUAAACAGCAGGUCCAAAUAUACGAGGAAGACUUCAAAAAGGAGAGAUCUGACCGAGAGAGGCUUAAUGAGGAGAAAGAAGCACUGCAGAAAAUUAAUGAGAGAUUACAAUCUCAACUGAGUAAACUCAGCUCUCAGACAAAAGACCUCCCAGUACAGCCUGAGAGGCCCAGUUAUCCAGCUCCACUCUUCCUUUCUCCAUGUGUCCAUAAUGGGGGUUGUGGGAUGGUUCUUCACUACCCAGAUCCUCGGGUGCAUCCAGUGCCUCGCAGGGCACAGAAGCAGCAGCAGCAGCGCUCGCCAGACUAUCAGUGGUAUGUUCCUGACCAGCUUCCGCCAGAUGUGCAGCACAAGGCAAAUGAUUCCUCCCUGGAGAAGAGAUCCCAUCGCUGACAGCCUCUGGCUUCUGGAGAAUUGUGAACCAAAGGCUGCGAGGGACUCUUGCAGCUUCAUUAUUCUGUUUUCUUCUGGGUUUUAUUUCGCCCCUAGCUCCUUAUCUCUUCAGUGCAUGUGAUUUAUGGCUGGUAAAAUCCCUGUGAGGACAAUAGAAAAGCAGCUCAUACAGGCUGGUGAUCCUCAGGAUCCAGUUAAACUCUGCUGGGAAGCGUUACUGCCCUUUGUUCUGAAGAUGCUGUUUGUGCUGCCUUGUGAGAAUCUCUUUAAAAGCCUGAUGAGAAGAGAUGCAGUUCUUGCUGGGGAUUCAGACUGUCACAUCUGGUUUGAAUUCAAGAGCUUACAAGCCCAAUAGUGGUGUGAUUGUUGUUGUUGUUGUUUGGGAAUUAUGAGGGUUUUUAUUUGAUUCCAGGGAAUGAUUGGUUGAUAGAGCACCUUGAAUUCUGUCCUGUCCUUCUUGGCUGGUAAAAGGGAAAUCUGCUUCACUGUUUAAACCCCUCUGUGUAAUUGUAAUCAGGGUACCACCGAUGCCAGGCCAGGGAGAAGGUGCCCACUUCCCCUUUUUGAGUCCAGGUCAGAUCUUCUUUUGUUUUGGCUCUAGAAUUACAUGUAAAACAUAAUCACAGGGGCGUUUUUCUGUGUGUCCUUACUUGUACUGCAAGAAUUUUAGUAGAAAUAUUGAAUGGGCUUAACUUCUCAGUGAAUAUAGCUUUAUAUUUCCAAAUUAUUCUUGUAAUGAAUCUGAACAUCGUCAUGUAACCUCUAACCAAGAAUAAAACCUGGCUUUUUAAGUGAAA